AUGGAGGCAAACCAACCAUGGUUGGGCGAGAAACACGUCACAGGAAAUGAAAGCUCUCUACAGAAAUUUCCGGUCGUAGUAGGUCAUGAAAUCGUCGGCAAAGUGCUGCGUAUCGGGUCGCAGGUCAGCUACCUGGCGGUCGGAGAUAUCGUUGGGGUAGGCUGUCAAUCAGACUCUUGUAAGUCGCGAGAUGGUCCUUGCGAAGCCUGUGAGAGCCAGACAGAAAACUAUUGCCCAAAACGAGUCAGCACCUACAACAGCGUUCAUCGAAACGGCGACUUUGCCCAAGGUGGUUACGCCUUGUAUCACCGAUGCCCAGCGUCGUUCGUUGUCAAGCUACCAUUGGGGAUUGCUCCCGAAAAAGCCUCGCCUAUGCUAUGCGGAGGGUUGACUGUAUUCUCCCCGCUCAAACGGUACGGCAUUGGACCAGGCAAAUCUGUUGGCAUCAUCGGUAUUGGUGGACUUGGUCAUUUUGGUAUCUUGUUCGCGAAGGCCUUAAGUGCUACUAAGGUUGUGGCCAUUUCUAGGAGCUCGAAUAAAAAAGAGGAUGCGCUACAACUGGGUGCUGACGACUUCAUCGCGCCGGCUGAGGAUAAGGACUGGAUGUCGAAGCAUGCGCAGUCUCUGGAUAUGAUUAUCAAUACCACUUCGUCGGCCAAGGUGCCCCUCGCGGAAUAUAUCGGCCUUUCAAAGCGCGACGGUAUCUUUGUACAGUUGGGAGCUCCAGAUGGAGCACUGAGUAUUAAUGCCUUUGCCUUGAUCCGAAGCCGUGUCCACCUGACUGGAUCCUACAUUGGAAGUCCCAAAGAGAUCCGCGAGAUGUUUGAGCUGGCAGCAGCUAAGAAGAUCGAGCCCUGGGCCGAGUUGCGACCAAUGGAUCAAGCUAACCAGGCGAUCUUGGAUAUGGAGAAGGGCUCGGCUAGGUAUCGAUAUGUACUCACCAAUUGA